AUGGGUCGAGUUAUCCGAGGUCAGCGUAAGGGAGCCGGAAGCGUUUUCCGAGCCCACGUGAAGCACAGGAAAGGACCUGCAAAAUUGAGGCCUGUUGAUUAUGCUGAGAGACAUGGUUAUAUCCGAGGCGUUGUGCGUGAAAUUGUCCAUGACCCUGGUCGUGGUGCCCCUCUUGCUCGAGUUGAUUUCCGUGAUAUGUAUUCGUACAAGCACAUUAAGCAGCUUUUUAUUGCUGCAGAGGGCAUGCACACUGGACAGUUCGUAUACUGUGGGAAGAAGGCUUCCCUCCAGAUUGGGAACAUUCUUCCCAUUGGUGCCAUGCCCGAAGGUACUGUAAUCUGCAACGUCGAAGAGAAGAACGGCGACAGAGGUAGACUUGCUCGUGCUGGUGGAACUUACGCUACGAUCGUUUCUCACAACCACGACACCAAAAGGACUCGCGUCAAGCUCCCUUCUGGCGCGAAGAAAAUACUUUCCUCGGGAUGUCGUGCAAUGGUUGGUCUUGUUGCCGGAGGAGGUCGUAUUGACAAGCCCAUUCUUAAGGCUGGCCGGGCUUACCAUAAAUACAAAGCUAAGCGUAAUUGCUGGCCUCAUGUUCGCGGUGUUUGUAUGAAUCCCGUCGAGCAUCCUCACGGCGGUGGUAACCACCAGCACAUCGGUAAACCUUCGACCAUUCGUAGGGACGCAUCCCAUGGUCGGAAGGUCGGUCUUAUUGCUGCCCGACGAACUGGUCGCAUUCGUGGAACGCGUGUCAUUGUUGCAAAGUCCGACAAGGAAUAA